AUGGCCUCGGCCGAGGACCAUUCAAGCCCGGCCGAGGGCCCGGCCGAGGGUGCUCGACCUCGGCCGAGGGCCAUUGAAGCCCGGCCGCUUUCCAUCACCCCGCCCCAUUCUCCCGCUUUCCAUCACCCCGCCCCAUUCUCCCGCUUUCCAUCACCCCGCUCCAUUAACCUGUUUUCCAUAACCCCACUCCAUUCUCCCUCCUUCCACCACCCCGCUCCAUUCUCCCUCCUUCCAUCACCCCGCCCCAUUCUCCCUCCUUCCAUCACCCCGCCCCAUUCUCCCUCCUUCCAUCACCCUGCCCCAUUCUCCCGCUUUCCAUCACCCCGCCCCAUUCUCCCGCUUUCCAUCACCCCGCCCCAUUCUCCCGCUUUCCAUCACCCCGCCCCAUUCUCCCGUUUUCCAUCACCCCGCCCCAUUCUCCCGCUUUCCAUCACCCCGCCCCAUUCUCCCGCUUUCCAUCACCCCGCCCCAUUCUUCCUCCUUCCAUCACCCCGCCCCGUUCUCCCGCUUUCCAUCAUCCCGCCCCAUUCUCCCGCUUUCCAUCACCCCGCCCCAUUCUCCCGCUUUCCAUCACCCCGCCCCAUUCUCCCGCUUUCCAUCACCCCGCCCCAUUCUCCCGCUUUCCAUCACCCGGCCCCAUUCUCCCGCUUUCCAUCACCCCGCCCCAUUCUCCCGCUUUCCAUCACCCCGCCCCAUUCUCCCUCCUUCCAUCACCCCGCCCCAUUCUCCCUCCUUCCAUCACCCCGCCCCAUUCUCCCGCUUUCCAUCACCCCGCCCCAUUCUCCCACCUUCCAUCACCCCGCCCCAUUCUCCUUCCUUCCAUCACCCCGCCCCAUUCUCCCACUUUCCAUCACCCCGCCCUAUUCUCCCGUUUUCCAUCACCUCGCCCCAUUCUCCCGCUUUCCAUCACCCCGCUCCAUUCUCCCUCCUUCCACCACCCCGCUCCAUUCUCCCUCCUUCCACCACCCCGCUCCAUUCUCCCUCCUUCCAUCACCCUGCCCCAUUCUCCCUCCUUCCAUCACCCCGCCCCAUUCUCCCUCCUUCCAUCACCCUGCCCCAUUCUCCCGCUUUCCAUCACCCCGCCCCAUUCUCCCGCUUUCCAUCACCCCGCCCCAUUCUCCCGCUUUCCAUCACCCCGCCCCAUUCUCCCGUUUUCCAUCACCCCGCCCCAUUCUCCCGCUUUCCAUCACCCCGCCCCAUUCUCCCGCUUUCCAUCACCCCGCCCCAUUCUUCCUCCUUCCAUCACCCCGCCCCGUUCUCCCGCUUUCCAUCAUCCCACCCCAUUCUCCCGCUUUCCAUCACCCCGCCCCAUUCUCCCGCUUUCCAUCACCCCGCCCCAUUCUCCCGCUUUCCAUCACCCCGCCCCAUUCUCCCGCUUUCCAUCAUCCGGCCCCAUUCUCCCGCUUUCCAUCACCCCGCCCCAUUCUCCCGCUUUCCAUCACCCCGCCCCAUUCUCCCUCCUUCCAUCACCCCGCCCCAUUCUCCCUCCUUCCAUCACCCCGCCCCAUUCUCCCGCUUUCCAUCACCCCGCCCCAUUCUCCCACCUUCCAUCACCCCGCCCCAUUCUCCUUCCUUCCAUCACCCCGCCCCAUUCUCCCACUUUCCAUUACCCCGCCCUAUUCUCCCGUUUUCCAUCACCUCGCCCCAUUCUCCCGCUUUCCAUCACCCCGCUCCAUUAACCCGUUUUCCAUAACCCCACUCCAUUCUCCCUCCUUCCACCACCCCGCUCCAUUCUCCCUCCUUCCAUCACCCCGCCCCAUUCUCCCUCCUUCCAUCACCCUGCCCCAUUCUCCCGCUUUCCAUCACCCCGCCCCAUUCUCCCGCUUUCCAUCACCCCGCCCCAUUCUCCCGCUUUCCAUCACCCCGCCCCAUUCUCCCGUUUUCCAUCACCCCGCCCCAUUCUCCCGCUUUCCAUCACCCCGCCCCAUUCUCCCGCUUUCCAUCACCCCGCCCCAUUCUUCCUCCUUCCAUCACCCCGCCCCGUUCUCCCGCUUUCCAUCAUCCCGCCCCAUUCUCCCGCUUUCCAUCACCCCGCCCCAUUCUCCCGCUUUCCAUCACCCCGCCCCAUUCUCCCGCUUUCCAUCACCCCGCCCCAUUCUCCAGCUUUCCAUCAUCCCGCCCUUUUCUCCCGCUUUCCAUCACCCCGCCCCAUUCUCCCUCCUUCCAUCACCCUGCCCCAUUCUCCCUCCUUCCAUCACCCCGCCCCAUUCUCCCGCUUUCCAUCACCCCGCCCCAUUCUCCCGCUUUUUUUCACCCCGCCCCAUUCUCCCGCUUUCCAUCACCCCGCCCCAUUCUCCCGCUUUCCAUCACCCCGCCCCAUUCCCCUCCUUCCAUCAACCCGCCCCAUUCUCCCACCUUCCAUCACCCCGCCCCAUUCUCCCUCCUUCCAUCACCCCGCCCCAUUCUCCCGCUUUCCAUCACCCCGCCCCAUUCUCCCGCUUUCCAUCACCCCGCCCCAUUCUCCAGCUUUCCAUCAUCCCGCCCUAUUCUCCCGCUUUCCAUCACCCCGCCCCAUUCUCCCUCCUUCCAUCACCCUGCCCCAUUCUCCCUCCUUCCAUCACCCCGCCCCAUUCUCCCGCUUUCCAUCACCCCGCCCCAUUCUCCCGCUUUUUUUCACCCCGCCCCAUUCUCCCGCUUUCCAUCACCCCGCCCCAUUCUCCCGCUUUCCAUCACCCCGCCCCAUUCCCCUCCUUCCAUCAACCCGCCCCAUUCUCCCACCUUCCAUCACCCCGCCCCAUUCUCCCUCCUUCCAUCACCCCGCCCCAUUCUCCCGCUUUCCAUCACCCCGCCCCAUUCUCCCUCCUUCUAUUACCCCGCCCUAUUCUCCCUCCUUCCAUCACCCCGCCCCAUUCUCCCGCUUUCCAUCACCCCGCCCCAUUCUACCGCUUUCCAUCACCCCGCCCCAUUCUCCCGUUUUCCAUCACCCCGCCCCAUUCUCCCGCUUUCCAUCACCCCGCCCCAUUCUCCCGCUUUCCAUCACCCCGCCCCAUUCUCCCUCCUUCCAUCACCCCGCCCCAUUCUCCCUCCUUCCAUCACCCCGCCCCAUUCUCCCGCUUUCCAUCACCCCGCCCCAUUCUCCCACCUUCCAUCACCCCGCCCCAUUCUCCUUCCUUCCAUCACCCCGCCCCAUUCUCCCACUUUCCAUUACCCCGCCCUAUUCUCCCGCAUUCCAUCACACCGCCCCAUCCUCCCGCUUUCCAUCACCCCGCCCCAUUCUCCUUCCUUCCAUCACCCCGCCCCAUUCUCCCACUUUCCAUCACCCCGCCCUAUUCUCCCGUUUUCCAUCACCCCGCCCCAUUUUCCCGCUUUCCAUCACCCCGCUCCAUUAACCCGUUUUCCAUAACCCCACUCCAUUCUCCCUCCUUCCACCACCCCGCUCCAUUCUCCCUCCUUCCAUCACCCCGCCCCAUUCUCCCUCCUUCCAUCACCCUGCCCCAUUCUCCCGCUUUCCAUCACCCCGCCCCAUUCUCCCUCCUUCUAUCACCCCGCCCUAUUCUCCGUCCUUCCAUCACCCCGCCCCAUUCUCCCGCUUUCCAUCACCCCGCCCCAUUCUACCGCUUUCCAUCACCCCGCUCCAUUCUCCCUCCUUCCAUCACCCCGCCCCAUUCUCCCGCUUUCCAUCACCCCGCCCCAUUCUCCCGCUUUCCAUCACCCCGCCCCAUUCUCCCUCCUUCCAUCACCCCGCCCCAUUCUCCCUCCUUCCAUCACCCCGCCCCAUUCUCCCGCUUUCCAUCACCCCGCCCCAUUCUCCCACCUUCCAUCACCCCGCCCCAUUCUCCUUCCUUCCAUCACCCCGCCCCAUUCUCCCGCUUUCCAUAA